GUAAAGUCAAGGGCUCAUUUCCUUGAUAGGGGCGUAUCUUUGUGCUGCUUACAGAUCGGUUUUGAUGGUUUAGUUGGUUUUAUACCCGUGGUGGGCGAUUUCAUAGGUGUCUUAUUAUCUUUACAGCUUGUCUAUAUGUGCAUGCAAGCUAACUUACCAAAGGAGUUAGUAUCAAGAAUGAUCUUGAAUGUUGCUAUUGACUUUAUGGUGGGCUUCGUGCCUGGAAUUGGCGAUGUUCUAGAUGUCCUGUAUAAAUGCAAUACCAAGAAUGCCUUAUUAUUCGAAAACUACCUAUUGCGAAGA